AUGUUCGCAGUAUAUUUUCAUGGGCAGUAUAAAGGUUCUGAUGGUCUAAUAGACAAAUUUGAUGAAAUGAGAAUCUUUACAGUUCGUUCAGACGAAAGUCUUGAGAAAACUCUAAAUGACUUUCAAACUCAAAUGAACAAAUACUAUUGGGAAUUUCAAGAAAAAUACGACUCUUUACUAAAUGGAACAUACUAUCUGAAACUAGAAUAUGACAAGAUGAACUCCACCGUUUCAUUUCAAAAGAUUGAAAUUAACCCUCCAAGAGAUACAGAGUUUUUAUUUUGGAAAGUAGACAAACGUUCUUGGGCACAAUUUCUUCGGUUACUAAACCAGAACGAACCAUUACCACCAGAUGGUCCAUUUAAAUUUAUACUUCCACCAGCAGAUUUGACAGUUUAUAGAAACGUGUUCGACCCUCAAAAUGUUAUGUGCCAUGCAAGUUUCAGUUCAAGCAACAAUAGUUUUCUAUGUAUCGGUAAGGACUUUUAUGACUUUGCUUCUAAAUUCUACGAACCACCUAGUAACAGUUUCUCUGACUUUCAAGUUUGGUUCACAACAAAUGGUGUGCAGCAUAUAAUACCAUUGUACUAUGACUUUUAUCUCGAAUUGUCUUUCAUAUACAACUACGGAAAAGUGCUGAAAAAGUGA